AUGCCUGUUGAAACCGCCUACGACCCCAAGGACAUGCUGUUCCGCCACCUGGGACCUACUGGUCUCAAGGUCAGUGUCUUCAGUCUCGGUGGCUGGUUGACAUACGGCGGUACGCAAAAGGGCGAUAUCGUGAAGCAGAUUCUUCAAAAGGCUUGGGAUCACGGUGUCAACACUUUCGAUACCGCUGAGGUUUACGCCAAUGGUGAAUCUGAGGUUGAGAUGGGUCGUGCCCUCAAGGAGCUCGGCUGGCCUCGUGAUGAGUACGUCCUCACCACAAAAAUCUUCUUCGGUACUGGCCGCAAGGAGCCCAACACUCGAGGUCUCAGCCGCAAGCACGUCGUCGAGGGUCUCAAGAGCUCUCUAAAGCGUCUUGAGCAGCCUUACGUCGAUGUUGUCUUUGCUCACCGUCCCGACUACGCUACUCCCAUGAAGGAGAUUGUUGAGGGAUUUACUCAGGUCAUUCGCAACUUGAACCUUGCUUACUACUGGGGUACUUCUGAGUGGACCGCUGCUCAGAUUACCGAGGCUACUCACAUUGCUGAGCGCUACAAUCUCAUUGCUCCUGUUGUUGAGCAGCCUCAGUACAACGCUUUCCACCGUGAGCGCUUCGAGGUCGAGUACGCUCCCCUCUUCAACCAAUUCGAGUACGGCACCACAAUCUGGUCCCCUCUCGCUUCCGGUCUCUUGACCGGCAAGUACAACAACGGAAUUCCCGAGGACUCACGAUUCGCCACCAACAAGGCCUUCUUCGAGAACACCGUCAACGAGCUUCAAACCGAAGCCGGCAAGGCCAAGAUCGAAAAGGUCAAGAAGCUCUCCGAAGUCGCUGAGCGUCUCGGCGGAAACGUCGCUCAGCUGUCUCUUGCCUGGGCCCUCAAGAACCCCAACGUCAGCACUGUCAUUCUCGGUGCGACAAAGGUUGAGCAGCUUGAGGACAACUUCAAGGCGCUUGAGAUUUACAAGAAGAUCGAUGAUAAGGUCUUGGAGGAGAUUGAGAAGAUUCUUGAUAACAAGCCCAAGCCUGCUCCUACCUUCAACCGGUCAGCUUCACGUCAUGCAUUACGCGUGGGGUUAUCGCGUACCCUGACCUUGACCGACCAUAUCGCGAAAAUGUUCGAACGACUACCCCAUGAGCUUUUGAAGUUCAUCAUCAGUGAGAUAUCUAUUAAAGACGUCAAGAAUCUGUCGGAGACGUCAAAACACUUCCAUUCUUCAACUCUGCCGACCGUCUGGGCAUCUGUCGUUAUCCCAGCAUGGAGUAAGAACGACGUUUACGGAAUAAAUAUCGAAGGCUUCCCUCUUGGAAGACUGGUCUUUACGAAAUCUAUCAGUCUACGGUUUGUAACUGAGAACAAUGCACGAGCUUGUCCGCAUGAACGAAGACUACAAACCUGUCAAGAAGCAAAUGAUGAGGACAUUGUCGACAAACCAGGUUCCUUUGAGAAGUUCAAGGAAGUCAUUCUCUCGCUUCUCGAAAAAUGUGAGAAGGAACAGUUGACAUCGUUUAGCUGGGAUCUAGGAACGUGUAUACCGACUCCCAUCCUGGGAAGCAAUGGCAUUGUCGCCCGUCAGCAGUCUUCACUUAGUACUUUGAAUCUCACGACCUAUCCCUUUUGCAAACGCUAUAACUCCCGCGAACGAAGGAUUGACCUAUCCGCUUUCUGUCAUCUCCUAAACCUCAGUUGGAGAGGGCCAAGCUCAGAGAACCUCAGAGUAUUUGCAACGGCACUCAAAAACAACAAGUCGCACCUCGAAACUUUGGAGCUCGACCUAGUGGACUGGCCGCACCUGCGCAAGGAAUUGGGUUAUCGGAAUGAUAACGAGAGAGUGCGCAGAUUGAGAGCAAGGGAGUACAUGAACAAAUCAAUUCUUGGCCUUGACAUACACUCUCCACUCAUUGCCUUUCCCAACCUAUACACUCUAGUCCUCAGUCAUGUACCUCUGAGCGCGACGCUUGUACAAUCCAUCAACUUUGAGGUUCUCAGAUCGCUCACAAUCCGAUCCUGUCCACAAUGGUACGAUUUCGUGUUGACCAUAGCACAGCGAAGAAUCCCAGUAAGGUUAAAGAAGCUCGAGCUCCAGGAGUCUUGGCCCAAGAAUGACACAGCAACCGACGAGACUGAGGACGGGGAUUCAAGCGAGGUUCUACUAGAAUAUUUCGAAGGGCUGGAAGAGCUUUAUCUUGACCAGACCGGCGAUAUGCUCUCAAAGUAUACGAAGGAUUGUCUUAAAGUGGUUCAUGUUCGUCAAUCGCGUAGGAACAUAGAGUACACGUGGUCAUGGGGGAUUAUGGUGAUAAUCGACGAUGAACCAGUUGAUGAUACUCCAGCGGUGGACGAAGGGGAGAAUCCUAGUAAUGAGUAUCUGGAACCCAUGUUCUGGGCUUUUGUUGAGUGGACUUUUUCUUACAAGGGCAUCAAGUCCCUGGAGUACAUCGUCUUUGGAGACUUCGGUCGCCCAGAGAGAACGAGUAGAGGAAAUCUGCUCAUAUGUCGGGAAGGUUAUGGAUCUGAAGAAUUUCACAUCAUCAGGGAGUCAUGCCCAGCUGCCGAGUGGGAUCAUGUCAAGAAGGAGUGCCAAAGAGCCCUGUACAUUAAACACCAAUAUCUCGAUCUAAAGCAAAUGCAACAAGAUCCCCGUAGCAACAUUCGAAAUAUUACCAACCACAUCCCAGAAAUUCGUGUUACUUGUGUUCCUCGUCUGCUCCAACUCCCUGAUCCUCGCCUCCAUCCUCCUCUUCUCCAUCCCUUGCGCCGCAACCUGCGCGUUACUCGCAUCCCUAAUCUGCCUAUUCAACCUCUCAACCUCUCCCCUCCACCUCCCCGCCUCAUCCAGGGUCAGCAGUUUG